GACUCCUAUCUGCGCUUGUUCACAAAAAAUAAACAGUGCUUCCAUCCCUCUUUCGGAUCUCAGUUACUGUCUCCUCCGUCUGAAUCCCUCUUGAUCGGAACCUUGUUGGGAGGAUUAAGGGGCAUCGGAAAGAUGAAUGUAGGGUUGAUGAAGACAAAUCAAGAGAAGGAAAGCGACGGUGGCAAAGUUAUCCGGCGGUGGAGUUGCGGAUGCGACGGUGACGGGAUUUUAGGCGGUGAUUUUGUUGAGGACGCUGGUCCGGAGGAACUCUCUGAGGAAGAAGCGGGGCCCGCGACGGCGGCCGUUCACCAGUGCGGGUGGAGGAAAUGGCGGUGGGGUUGUUGCCGGAUGCAAGGGAGUUGAGAUUCAGUGACAAGCCGGUGGAAGAGAGGGCGGCGGUGGCGGCGAGCAAUUGGGGAUUUCGAUUUCCCAAAUGAAGUUAUGAAGAGGUCGACUUCAUUGAACUUUGAGGCGGCGCCGUUGACGAAUGUGAGUAACAUUAGCAUUAUUGGGAUGAUGAAGAUAUCGAUUGUGGGUUGUGGCCUUCUGAUCUGGGGGAGGAAACCAUUGGGGGGAGGGGGCAGAAACAGAGGAGGAGGGGUGUAAAAGUGGGUUGUCGAUAAUCCCUCAAUGCUUAAUAAUUUUUUUUUUUUGUA